GGAGGCAGGCCGGAGCCGCUGCCAUCGCCAUGACCCGCGGUAACCAGCGCGAGCUCGCCCGCCAGAAGAAUAUGAAAAAGCAGAGUGACUCCGUUAAAGGAAAGCGCCGAGAUGACGGGCUAUCUGCUGCCGCCCGCAAGCAGAGGGACUCGGAGAUCAUGCAGCAGAAGCAGAAAAAGGCAAACGAGAAGAAGGAAGAACCCAAGUAGCUUUGUGGCUUCGUGUCCAACCCUCUUGCCCUUCG